AUGCUUCUUUCGUCCAUAUGCCCCAAGAUUGCCUCCUCCUAUUUGAGUUCUAUUCAAGAGCUACUAUUGGUUGCAUCGUUUACACGUAACCUCUACCUCACCGAUAUCGAAGGGCGGUAUCACUACCCUUCACGUAGAGAGACGCGAAAGCGCCAAGUCUCUAUGGGCCUGACGAGCCGCAGUUCCUGCGAGAAGAAAGAUUCGACAUCAUCGGAAUCCGACUCCUACCGCAAACACUUCCACGAAAGGCAGCGAGAAGCACUCAUUACGAUCCCCUACCAUCACGCGCUCAGCUCUGCAGCCAUCGCAUACUUUCCAGCCUGCCGCCACCACACAAGCACGGAUUCUGCACACCGAGACAUGGAGACUUUUACUCUCAUGGCCCCUCAUCUCGUGGAAAAGGACGAAUGGACGGCUGACCUUCAUGGUCUACUCUUCUCCGGCAUGAGAUUCCUCGCCAAGAUGCUGACUGUUCCAGUCAUGCAUAAGAGCUGCCCCGAGCGAAAAGUCCACUUGCAGGUUGGAAAUUUGCCAGAAGACGGCCCUCAGCUACCUAGCCUUGGUGGCCUCCCGACCGAGUUACACCACGAACUAUUCAAUCUUCUUGACGACUUGAAAGAUGUUGUCAGCCUUGGACUAGUGAAUCAGCAUUUCUGCAAGCUUGCUCCAGAGCAUGUCCACAGUCGGAUUGCCGGAAAAUAUGGGCGUUGGGCUAAUGAAAAGCUUGUAUGCGUGGGAAGCAACAUUGAGCCGGGCGAUUUCCCCCCAGGGCUGUUUUCUCAAGCUCAGCUACGUGCCAUCAACAAGCAUUUCGGUUCCGAAGAACCAGAAUUCGGUCCCACGAUGCUGACCCUUCAACACUUGGUCGAUUCUUCCCUGCUUCCAGCAUGGCCCAGGGAAAGUAUCAAGGUCCAACGUCUACGGGAGCAUUUCUGCGCCGCGCCGGGUGUGACCACCGCCAUGUUGAAAAGAUUGGGUCUGCCCCUGGACAUCGAUGGGUGGGACAAAUACUUCCCCAGAGAUGAACCAUGGAUCCUGCGUAACCUUACCACGAAAGAGUUUGUCCGCGCAGAGGCCACUGCAAUGUCACAGGGAUGCGUUCAGGGCCCAGUUCUUGAUCUUGUGGGGUUUGGCGAAGCCGUCAUAACACGCAUAUGCUGGUCUUCGUCCGGCAAUGGCAUAAGAGGUGCCCCAAAGAUCUGUCGGGGGGUAUGGGCGGGACACCGCUUCGACAUCACGACGCUUGUCACACAUCUGGAAGAAACUGGCGGAGGAGCAGGGUGGACUGAUGCAAGCGAGGAGGUUGCAAAUGAAAUUGACAAAAUUUGGCGCAGCAACUUCGGCAAAGACUGGCGUCGAACCCUCCCAAAGGGCCCGGAGGACAUACUCAUGUUAACCUGGUGA